CGCGCGGGCAGCGGCGGCGGCGGCUGCCCAAGAUGGCGGAGCUGCAACUGGACCCGGCGAUGGCCGGGCUGGGAGGGGGUGGCGGGAGCGGACUGGGCGACGGGGGCGGCCCUUGCCGCGGGCCCCCCAGCCCUCGCCCCGCUGGCCCUACUCCCCGCGGGCACGGUCGCCCUCCUGCCGCCGCGCAGCCGCUGGAGCCGGGUCCCGGACCGCCCGAGCGGGCAGGGGGCGGCGGCGCGGCCCGCUGGGUCCGGCUGAACGUGGGCGGCACCUACUUCGUCACCACCAGACAGACCCUAGGCCGGGAGCCCAAGUCCUUCCUCUGCCGCCUCUGCUGCCAGGAGGACCCGGAGCUGGACUCAGACAAGGACGAGACAGGAGCCUAUCUGAUUGACAGGGAUCCUACCUACUUUGGCCCUAUCCUAAACUACCUCCGCCAUGGGAAGCUCAUCAUUACAAAGGAGUUGGCAGAAGAAGGUGUGCUGGAAGAGGCGGAGUUUUAUAACAUCGCAUCUCUUGUGCGACUGGUUAAGGAAAGGAUACGGGACAAUGAGAACAGAACUUCACAAGGCCCCGUGAAGCAUGUGUACCGAGUCCUGCAGUGCCAAGAAGAGGAGCUUACGCAGAUGGUCUCCACUAUGUCUGAUGGUUGGAAAUUCGAACAGCUAAUCAGCAUUGGAUCUUCCUAUAACUAUGGAAAUGAAGAUCAGGCAGAAUUCCUCUGUGUUGUCUCCAGAGAGCUAAAUAAUUCUACCAAUGGCAUUGUCAUAGAGCCGAGUGAGAAGGCAAAGAUUCUUCAAGAGAGAGGAUCGCGGAUGUAAACUCCAGAAUCCGAAAUGUCAA